GUACUUCUUAGGAAUCAGUAAUCCGUGUCAUAACGUCGGCACAAAGCGCCUUAAUAUAUAAUGUUAUUUAAAAAUACACUGUGAUAUACUUAUCGCGACCAAAUCGCUAAUGCGCUAGAUUCCAAACAGUUGAUCUGCACCGACCAACUCUGUUGGUAGGGAUUUCUAGACGCUAAGUGAAAAUACAGAGGACAUGUGAAGAAUUCCUCUUACGGUUUAGGACGAUUAACUAAAACGCGCGGAAAUGUCGAUGGACUUUCGGAAAAAUACAUAUCGGCCAAAUAGGCCCGAUUCUAGAUUUCGGACGAGCUAUGCAUUAAUGUCACAGUGGAUGCUGCAGCUAGGAAAGAAAUCAAUGGGUCCGGUGGAGGGGUAUGUUUCACAACCUGAUUUUCCAGCCAAACACAGUGCUGGAAAUGUUUACGGUAGAAGAUCCAGAAUGAUGAUCAAUUCAGAUGGCGCGCCUAGUCCCUACAACCCAGAUGCCGCUCAGCUGGCAGCGAUGGAUGAAUCUAUCCCUCCACAUCUACGCUAUUCCACAAACAACGGAUAUGAUGAUUUCCACAAAUCGUACCAGCAAAUCAGUCAACAGUUUCCCAAUAAGCAUUUCCCAGUCUUCGGUCCUCCAAAACUUAGACAUGGCCGAGCAGGCGGGUCUUGGCGACACGUUAAGGAAGUGCUACAAGCCGGAGGGCGACGUAUUGUGUUUGUAGAUGGUCAAAUUGCUUAUGAAGAUAGCAUAAAGAUUGAUGAUGUACCCGGUGGCCAUUUAAUGAAACCAGAAGGCCGUCAAAGACGACCUCUAAGUAGAAGUUUGUCCGUGUCACAAAACCGAGAUGGCAGACCAGAUGGAUCAAUACAUGGUCUUGAAAAGAAGAAAGGAAUGGAACAAGUUAACUGGGCCGUGAUUCGAUAAGCAUUAUUAUAUUGUACAAUAGACUAUUUAUAAUGACACUGUUGUAUUACCACUACCAGUAUUACCCAUUGUUUGUUGAUUUUUAUUUCAUUUUAUAUUUGAACAUUCGUAAAUAAAAUUAUCAGAAUUCUGA